CAAUCGGCAUCCUUGUUGACUUGACUCCAAUAUUGGGUUUGGGCAACGGGCAGGUGUCAGCUUCUUUGUGCAGGUUCUUGUUCAACUACAAACUCAUUUUCAUCUUCUCUCCUCAAUCAACAACGUAACAGUAGAUAUUCCCCAACUUGUUCUCAAAGUAAUCCAAAUUAUUCCUCCCUUUUUCACAAAAUCCCUUUUGAAAACAACCCCUCUUCGGAGUUGUAUCUUAGACCCAUACGUUACUUCUGGUCAUUUUCAUUCUAAAAAUACCCAAAAAAAUUAUGUUAGAUUGCAAUAUUUUGCCCCUUUUCACCGACAUUACGUUUGAUCCAGACAAGUUUUACAUUACCCAUUAAAAAAUUGUCAAUUAUGUGGGUGUGUUAAUUGAUCUGAACAGCUUAGAAAACUGGGAUUUUCUACGAAUUUGAAGGGGUUGUGGGUGGAAAAAUAAAAAAUGGAAAGCAGGAGGAGGAAAAGGGAUGUGUUGUUGAGUAAAUUGUAUUCAUUUGGAUGUAUGAAACCAUGUUUUCAUGAAGAACAUUCACAAAUUGGACAAAGGGGUUACGCAAGAGUAGUGCAUUGUAAUGAUCCAGAUAACCCAGAAGCAAUUCAGCUGAAUUACAGAGGAAAUUAUGUAUCUACUACCAAGUAUACUCCUCUUAAUUUCAUACCCAAAUCUUUGUUUGAGCAAUUUCGCCGAGUUGCCAAUUUGUAUUUUCUUAUUGUUGCUUGUGUAUCAUUUAGUCCUUUGGCACCUUAUGCUGCUGUUAGUAUUGCUUUCCCUUUGGCUGUUGUUAUUGGAGCUACUAUGGCCAAAGAGGCUGUCGAAGAUUGGAAACGUAAAAAACAGGAUAUAGAGGCCAAUAAUAGGCAAGUUGAGUUAUUUGAUGGUAGCAAUCAAAUCUUUGUUAAAUCUAUGUGGAAAGAACUUAGGGUUGGUGAUGUUGUAAAGGUGUACAAAGAUGAACAUUUUCCAGCUGAUUUGCUUUUCCUCUCUUCAAACUAUGAAGAUGGAAUCUGCUAUGUAGAGACCUCGAAUCUUGACGGAGAAACAAAUCUGAAGCUGAAGCAUGCUUUGGAAGUCACUUCCUGCUUGCAAGAUGAAAACUCCUUGUGUCAAUUCAAGGCAGUAACCAAGUGUGAAGAUCCGAAUGAAAAUCUAUACUCUUUUGUUGGAACCUUGUAUUAUAAUGGAAAGCAGUAUCCUCUUUCUCUGCAACAACUUCUUCUGAGAGACUCUAAACUUCGGAACACUGAUUAUGUCUACGGUGUGGUGAUUUUCACCGGGCAUGACACAAAAGUAAUGCAGAAUGCUAUCAACCCACCAUCAAAGAGAAGUGGAAUUGAAAGCCGAUUGGAUAAAGUCAUAUAUAUCCUUUUCAGUUUUGUUAUUGUGAUAUCCUUUACUGGGUCUGUCUUCUUUGGCAUUAUUACUAAAAAGGAUAUCACUAAUGGAAAGUUGAGAAGAUGGUAUCUUCGACCAGAUAAGGUUACUUUCCUUUAUGACCCAAGAAGUGCAGCUUUAGCUGCCUUUCUACAUCUACUAACUGACCUCAUGCUGUAUGGUUACCUGGUUCCCAUCUCUCUUUAUAUAUCCAUUGAGAUUGUGAAGGUCCUGCAGUGUAUUUUUAUAAAUCAGGAUCAGCACAUGUAUUGUGAGGAAACUGACAGGCCUGCUCAUGCACGUACAUCUAAUUUGAAUGAGGAACUAGGUCAAGUUCAUACCAUAUUAUCCGAUAAGACAGGUACAUUAACAUGCAACUCUAUGGAAUUUGUCAAAUGCUCCAUAGCUGGUAUAUCUUAUGGACAAGGUAUGACAGAAGUAGAGGUUGCUCUAGCUAAAAGGCAAGGGCAACUAGUUUCCUCCAGUGUACUGGGUGCAGUAGGAAACAGCAAGACCUCAGAUAAGCAAGUUAAAGGUUUUAAUUUCAAUGAUGAACGCCUCAUGAAUGGAAGGUGGGUCAAUGAACCUCAUUCAGAUAUGAUACAGAAAUUUUUCAGAGUGUUGGCAGUCUGCCAUACUGCCAUUCCUGAUGUCCAUGAGGAAACAGAUCAAAUUUCUUAUGAAGCUGAAUCACCUGACGAAGCAGCCUUUGUCAUAGCUGCAAGGGAACUUGGUUUUGAGUUUUUCAGAAGGACACAGACAAGCAUAUUUUUGCAUGAGUUGGACUAUGAAACUGGGCAAAUGAUUGACAGGGUGUAUGAACUUCUUCAUGUCCUAGAAUUCAGUAGCUCACGCAAAAGAAUGUCUGUAAUCGUCCGAAAUGAAGAAAAUAUGCUUCUCCUUUUGUGCAAAGGCGCAGACAGUGCAAUGUUUGAGAGACUAUCUGAAGAAGGACAACUAUUUGAAGCUGAGACCAGGGCUCAUAUCAAAAUAUAUGCAGAGGCGGGUUUAAGAACCUUGGUAGUUGCAUAUCGCAAGCUUAAUGAAGAAGGGUUUGCAGAGUGGGAAGAGGAGUUUCAGAAAGCCAAAACUUCUGUAAGUGCUGAACGGGAUGCACUGGUCGAUGCAGCUGCUGAUAAGAUUGAAAAGGAGUUGAUUCUCCUUGGUGCUACAGCUGUUGAGGAUAAACUGCAAAAAGGGGUCCCAGAAUGCAUUGAGAAACUUGCCCGGGCAGGUAUCAGGAUAUGGGUCCUAACUGGCGAUAAGAUGGAAACAGCAAUAAAUAUUGGUUAUGCAUGUAGCCUAUUGAGGCAAGGGAUGAAGCAAAUUGUGAUCUCACUGGAUUCAGCGGAUAUUAUUUCGUUGGAAAAACGUGGUGACAAGGAAGCCAUCACAAAGGCCUCCCUGGAGAGUGUAAGAAAGCAAUUAAGUGAUGCCAAGAGUCAGAUUAGUCCCGCUAAAGGAACUUCCACUGAAUUUGGAUUGAUAAUCGAUGGGAAAUCUCUAGCUUUCGCUCUGGAUAAAAAUCUGGAAAAGUCUUUUCUAGAACUUGCAAAUGCCUGUGAUUCGGUUAUAUGCUGUCGUUCUUCACCCAAACAGAAAGCUCUUGUGACAAGAUUGGUCAAAAUAAGAACAGGUAAAACAACAUUGGCAAUUGGUGAUGGGGCAAAUGAUGUUGGCAUGAUUCAGGAGGCUAAUAUUGGAGUUGGUAUCAGUGGUGUGGAAGGAAUGCAGGCCGCUAUGUCAAGUGAUGUCAACAUUGCCCAAUUUCGUUUUCUUGAACGCUUAUUGCUUCUGCAUGGUCACUGGUGUUACAGGCGUAUAUCAAUGAUGAUAUGCUACUUCUUCUACAAGAACAUUACAUUCGGUCUAACUCUUUUUUGGUUUGAAACACAUUCUGCUUUCUCUGCUCAACCUGCUUAUAACGAUUGGUACUUGUCUACCUAUAAUGUCUUUUUCACUGCACUGCCGGUGAUAGCACUUGGUGUAUUUGAUCAAGAUGUUUCUGCACGGCUUUGCCUCAAGUUUCCUGCCUUGUAUGCUGAGGGCAUCCAAAACAUACUCUACAGUUGGCCGCGAAUACUUGGGUGGAUGUUGAAUGGUCUAAUUAGCUCAAUGUUGAUAUUCUUCCUGACGACAAGUGCUCUGAAGCACCAGGCAUUUAGGAGUGAUGGACGAGUGGUAGACUUCUCAGUAUUGGCAGCUACAAUGUACAGUUGUAUAGUAUGGACUGUGAAUUGUCAAAUGGCACUCUCAAUCAACUACUUUACUUGGAUACAACAUUUCGUUAUAUGGGGAAGUAUCGCUUUGUGGUACAUAUUCCUGCUAAUCUAUGGCGCACUACCUCCUACCUUUUCAAAAACGGCUUAUAUGGCUUUAGUAGAGGCAUGUGCUCCCACUCCUUUUUAUUGGAUAGUUAUCGUCUUUGUUGUCUUCUCCACUCUUCUUCCUUAUUUCACCUAUAGAGCUAUUCAGAUGUGGUAUUGGCCAAUGCCACAUGAUCAUGUCCAGCUUAAACGGAAUGAAGAUACACGGGGUGAUCAGAGGAUCUUGUUUCAGGAUUGAACAAGAAUGUAGUUAGCCUUUUUGUUUUUAUUUUUUAUAACAUGAUUUGGAGCUCUGUAAGCCUAAGUUUGGUUGGGUUUUGCUGAGAUUUGAUUCUGUCCUUGCUGGUUCUGGUUCUGGUUCAGGUAGAGUUAAUUAUUAGGGAUGCAAACCGUUGUACAGUAUAUAUUAUUACCAUCUGGCCCUUGUCUAGUUUAGUUGGUCACACUCACACAUACAUACUCUGUAAGACUGACUGUAGACUUGAUUAUUUUGGUAAAUUUAUACUUAUAGUUUGAUUA